CCUCGUGGCUUCUGUUUAAACCACCACAGAUGACCCUCUUCUCUUGUGAACAACUGGGAUUUCGACAGUUGACUCAGAGGACCUGCUGUGCAGUGAUGCCACACUGCCCCCUUGUGUGUGAAGUCUUCGUCCUGCUCGCUGCACUGGUUUGAGUGCGCAUCAUGAAGGGGAAAGUGGGACUUGUGGUUUUGCUGCUCACUCGAGCUGUCGUGGCCUCCUCACAAGACCCCAAGGUGGUUUGCCCUUCCAGGCCAGUCGAAGCAGCAGUCAGCGAGGCCGUGACCCUGCAGUGCCACCUCAACCCCCCACUGGAUGCGUCAAACAUGAGCGUGGAGUGGAGUCACGGACCCCGUAACCACACUGUACACCUGUAUCGAGACGGAAAAGACAGUCAUACGGCACGGGGGGAGGACUUUAAAGGACGGACGUCUCUGUUCCACCAGGGUCUGACCAAAGGAAACCUGUCCCUGAAACUGUCCUCAGUUCAGCUCUCUGACUCUGGAGGUUACAGAUGCUCCUUUAGCACCAACAGCCUGCAGGACAGCUGUGACGUUAGCCUCACUGUUGGUCACACAGUUGAGACAAGUGUCGUCAUUGGCAUCAGCGUUGUGAUUCUCGUCAUUAUCGUCAUUGUGUGGGGGGAGAUACGGAAUAAUCAGUGCUGACUGUCUGGAGCCAUGUCUGGUUCUAUGUGUUCACAUCUGUGAACAUCUGGAGUAAUUCUGAGCCGCAACAACAACAAUAAUCUUGAUGACUGUCCUUUGAAAUACUCAAAAAAAAUAAACGAUCAAACAAUAAGCUUGAUUAAUACUGACAUGUCUGACUAAAUUAAACUAAUUCAGUCUCAUAUAUAAGACUCGUGUUUUCAUUCAGUUAUUAGCCAUAAAGUUCAGGAAAACUUUCACACAAACAUACAAAGUGUUAAUUAAUCAAGUAUUAUAUUGAUGACCAAUCCAUUAAAAAAUUGUUUUGACUUCAGAGUUAAUUUUCUUAUCCUGUUUCACUGUGUUCUAUAAAAAAAAUCAGCGCACAUCAGGAAAGGUCAAGAUGCUCUGUUAUCAGUGAAUUUAACUUUUUAUGUUUUGGCAAAACAACAAAACAGCUUGAUUCAGAAAGAAAACCACAACAGUUUCCAGUCGCACUGAAAAACAAAAUAUGGGCCAACUAAUUCUCUCCAGCAUUUAUGGUUGAAAUUGAACAUGUUCAGUACUGAGAACUGUUGGCCUGUUUUGUGGCUGAAUGUCCUGCUUUUGUUUCUGAGAAGUAACCCACGCAGGCAGAACCGCU